UCUCUCAAUCAGCGAGGCUACUGCCACCAGAGCCAAGAGUUGCCGUUCCGCGCGCCGAUGCCAAAACGCGCAGGAGGAGUCAGUGCCAAAGGGUCAUUUUAGCGCACCACUGCUGAAAUGGAAGGACUGUAGGGAAUCCUAGAAUAAAACCAGCAGCCGUUUGACCCCAGAUGAUAUAAUCAGAGCAUUAAAAUUAAGAGAGAGGGGGGAAAGAAAAGAGAGGGAGAGGAGCCAAAUAAGAAGCCAGUAGCCAUCCCCGGUGGAGUGUCUCUCUCUCUCUCUCUCUCGCUCACCGUACUUCAGCUGUCGCCUCAGAAGGUGGGCAGUCCGGGAUCCUGUUUUUUCUUUUUCUUUAUCUUGCAAAAAAAAGAAGGUCAUUUGCAAAUCAUAACCAACCAAAUCAGCUCAUCGGCUCAUCCAGUAGCGAACUGCUUCCUUUAAAAAACCACCACAACAACAACAACAACAACGACAACAACUCCACUUUGGCUUCUUCAGUCCAGGUGUUGCUUCCUCCGAAGACGCCGCAGGUCGGGACACUGUGGACACGCUGCUCUUCCAUCCUCGCUGCGCUCCGACUCGUCCGAGCUCCUCCGUCCGAGAGCGCGUCAAAAGUUGCGGGCUGAAGACUGUCACCGGCAGAAAGGGAUUAGGAGAGACGGGAGGGGGAAGUUUGCUCACCUGCGAUCCAGAGAGGACCGACAAGACGGUCCAAGCCGACUCCAAGUGCCGUUCACCGGGCGAUGCCAGAGUAAAUGCCGGGGCAAUGUCCCGCCGCAAGCAGGUGAACCCGCAGCACUUAUCGUUGACGCACAGGGAGACAAUACAAGCAGAGUCCAAUCAUGAUUCGAGGGCGGGAUCUCCGUCCCCGGAGCCAUCCACACCCAGCCCUCGGAGGGUGGGACCCGGGGAGCAUGACCUGCUGACCUGUGGCCAGUGCCAGACCAACUUCCCGCUGGGCGAUAUCCUGGUUUUCAUUGAGCACAAGCGACGCCUGUGCCGGGGCCCCGGGAGCAGACCGGGGUCCUUCUCCAAACCCGGGGAGGCUGGCGGGAUCACGGGCAUCACUAUCUCUCCCAGGGCCAGGUCGCUGGAGCUGGGUAGAGGGUCCAUUCCGGUGGAGGUGGGCAUCCAGGUGACCCCCGGCGGGGAGGACGAUGCUCUGAUGAGGCUGACGCCGGCCAAGGGGAUCUGCCCGAAACAGGAGAGAGGAGAUAAAGAUGAGCCAUCCAGCUACAUCUGCACUACCUGUAAGCAGACCUUCAACAGCGCCUGGUUCCUGCUUCAGCAUGCCCAGAACACUCAUGGCAUCCGCAUCUACCUGGACAACCACCUCGCCAACUGCUCCCUCACUCCCCGCAUGGCUCUGCCUCCGCCCCCGUGCACUGAAGCCCUGCCCCGGUCCCCUCUCCCCACUUUCCUCGGCGACACCAACAACCCAUUCCACCUCCUCCGCAUGGCUGCGCCCCUGCUCAGGGAACACCCCCCUCCCCCGGGGUAUUUGGAGACCCGGCUGCCUGCAACGCCACCCUUUGUCAGCCCUCCACCGCCCCCUAGACCCCCUCUAGAGAGGCUGGGCCCCGAGGAGAUGGGGCUGCUGUCCCAGCACCCCAGUGCCUUCGAGAGGGUGAUGCGGAUGACCCCCAUGGAGCCAGCUUCCAUGGACUUCUCCAGACGUCUGAGGGAACUGGCAGGCAACACAACCAAUAACGGGGGACCCACACCUCCUCUCUCACCCAACCGUGUGCCACCCAUGCACCGCCUGCUGAGUCCCACGCUUUUCCAGCCCGGUGCCAAGCCUCCACCAUUUCUCACCUAUGCCCCACAGCCACCCAGCUCUCAAGGGGGACAUGGUUCUUCCAGCCCUCCUGACUCCCAGGGACAGAGCCAGACCCCAGGGAAAUCCAAAUCCUGUGAGUUCUGUGGCAAGAUCUUCAAGUUCCAGAGCAACCUGAUCGUCCACAGACGCAGUCACACAGGAGAGAGGCCGUACAAGUGUCAUCUAUGUGAUCACGCCUGUUCUCAGGCCAGCAAGCUUAAGAGGCACAUGAAGACACAUAUGCACAACAAGUCUGGGUCCAUGAGUGGCUCCCCAGAGCAGGGAAAUAGAGCGGAGGGAGGAGAGGGUGAGGACAAGAGUAGAGAGGGCAACUCAAGAGGCAUUGGGAUGGACAAUGAGGAGGAGGAGGAGGAAGAGGAGGAAGAAGAGGAGGAGGAGGAAGAAGAGGAGGAAGAAAUGAGGAAUGGAAGUCGGCCAGAUUCCAACUUAAGCGAAGACUCGCAGGAGUUCGGCCAGAACAGGGACAAUGGUCCUCGACAGUCCUCUGAGGAGAAACCCCUGGGUGGGGAUAGAGUCAGUGACAGCGGCGGGGUGGGCAUCAUGCACCCGUUUAACCAUCUGGACAAUCACCUUAAAAUGAACCCUAACAAGAGAGGCAUGGAGAGGCAACCUAAUGGAGAUGGUGGAGAGAGGGGUGAGGCAGAAAGAGAAAGAGAAAGAGAAAGAGAAAGGGAAAGGGAAAGGGAAAGAGAAAGAGAAAGAGAGAAUGAGAGGGAGCAGGAAAGAGAGCGAGACGAGCAGGACGAACACAGGCCCAUCAUGAACGGCAGGAUCAGUGUAUCUGAAGCCAUGUCCUUCCCGGGGCUGUUCCAGCGCCGGCCCACACCUAUCACCAGCCCAAACCCUUCCAACAACAAGAGGAUCAAGAUAGAGAAGGAACAGCUGGAGCUUCCCCCAGCCAUACCCCUCAUCUCCCCGGAGAAUGUCUAUUCUCAACUCCUGGCUGGCUACGCUGCUUCACGCCACUUCAUAAGAGAACCCUUCCUGGGAUUCACGGAUUCCCGUCAGUCGCCGUUCGCCACAUCCUCUGAGCACUCCUCCUCAGAAACAGGAAGUCUUCGUUUUUCCACCCCGCCCGGGGAGCUGAUGGAAGGAGGUAGCGCCUCGGGCAGAAGCGGAAGCAGCACUCCUCACCUCCUGCGGGGACCGGGCCCCGGCAGACCUCCGAGCUCUAAGGAGAGGAGGAACGACACCUGCGAGUAUUGCGGCAAGGUGUUCAAGAACUGCAGCAACCUGACGGUGCACCGACGCAGCCACACGGGGGAACGGCCCUACAAGUGCGACCUGUGCAGCUACGCCUGCGCUCAGAGCUCCAAGCUGACGCGCCACAUGAAGACCCACGGGCAAUUCGGUAAGGAGGUGUACCGCUGCGACAUCUGCCACAUGCCCUUCAGCGUCUACAGCACGCUGGAGAAACACAUGAAGAAGUGGCACGGCGAACAUUUGAUGGCCAGUGAGGUCAAACUGGAGCAGGCGGACAGAGGUUAAUGCCAGCAGCCUACACAGUGUACACAAGCAAACACACACAUAUAUAAACACACACACACACACACACACACACACACACACACACACACACACACACACAUAUGCGCACACAAAAUCCCUAUAACCACUUCUUCAGCUAUGGGGGCUUGGCUGGAUAAUCUCUCUCUUUAAAAAAAAACAAAAAAAAAAACAAAAAAAAAACCUAAAAAAAAUUGAGACUGAUUGAUGUUCAUCUUUUUUUCUUGUCACAGAAACUGCCACCUGAGAAUAUAAACAAAGGGAAACUUUAAUGAGAACUUGUCUGGAAUGCCCAACUUGGGUUUUUUUUUCUUGGCAAACUUGUCUGAGGAUUUUAUCAGUUAGGAAUCCAUGGAGCCUUUCUACUGUGCAAUAAUUUCUGUAUUUAUUGGAUUUUUGUAAUGAUAUUUGGCAUGUGCAGGUACAUCUUUGUGGGAUUUCAUAUGGAGUUAGUUUUGAAAUGUGCUAAAAACAUUUUUUUUUUCUAAAAAUGCGAUUAACUGGAAAGAAGUCACCCUUAAUACAAAUUUUCUUCUUCUUUUUUGAUUUUUUUUUUUUCCUUUAGGGAAGCUUAUUAUCAUGUGAGAGAAAAAAAUUUAAAAAAUGUGUGAAGCAGCUAGCUUUUAAAAGUAAAAAAAAUAAUAUUUGUUUUCUAUAUGAACUGCAGCAGCGGACUACAAUCCAUUCCCUCACACAGGCCUAAAGCACUGAAUGUCAGCCUGACAAAAAACAAAAAAAAACAAAACAUCAUGCUGGAUUUUAAAAAAUCUGACAUCAUCUUAGAGACCUGAUCAGUUGCUUUUUAAUUUAUUCAGGGAAUUUGUCCUUUAAAAAAAGAAAAAAAAUAUUGGCAUGUGAAUUAUUUCCAAAUGCAGUUACUGUAUUGCUGUCCUCACUUCAGUCAGGACAUAAAUAAAGGUUGCACUUAAAAUGGAGAUACCCUUAACUGAUGCUCAGUACAUUCCCAAUGUAGGAUUAUACCACCAUAUUUAAUAUGUUGAAUAAGUUAAGACUACUUGUGAUUAAUGUGAGAAGGAGAACAGUCCUGUUUAUCGUUUGUAAAUAUAUUCCUUUUUUUUUUAUAUAUAUAUAUGUUAAAGUAGCCCCGACUGUACGUGAACGAUGGCCUAAAAACUAAACAAUCAGAAGACCAGCUGCUUGCAUCUUCCACAGUAUAUGCUAAGUGUCACAACCAUCCAUUGUUGUUUUAUCAGACCCCCCCAACCAAUCGAUUAUCUCGCCCCUCCCCUUACAUCAUGUCUGCUAUUUGUUUCACUGAAGCUACUUCAACACUUAUUCUCAAUCGUUCCACCGUCUCCUCUCCGGUGUCUGGCGUGGCAUCUCUCUCUCUCUCUCUCGCUGUCUCUCUGACCCCGGUUGACUCCUCCUGUCCCCCCUUAGUAUCCACAAAACGGUUUCAAAUGAAAUCCAUAUCAAUGUGUGUGUUAGUGUGUGUGUUCUCUCUCUCUCACACACAGUGUGCUCUAAGCCUCUCUCUCUCUCUCUCCGACGGGCGUCUUUUCACAGUUCACUAGCUCAGAUUCAUGCAUUAGGAGCGGCUUUUAAAAGGAAGCCUGUUCAUUCGCCUUCACAAAGUGAUAUGGGUUUAACUCGCACUAACAGAUUUUUAGACAGUGUGCGUGUUCGUGACUUUUGGGGAUUACGUUUUUUUUUUAUAUAUAUACAUAUAUAUUUUCUGCAUCGUUCAUCCUGAAAUGAAUCUGGUAGAAAAAAAAGAAAAGAAAAUGGUUAUAUGAGUUAUGAUAAUUUUGAGCACAGCUGCGAAGGGCGACCUUGAGUAGAGGCUAUUCUUAUUGUAUAAAAAAAAAAAAGAAAAAAGAAAGAUGGGAGCGGAGAAAUGAAGAAAUGUGAGAAAAGAAAUGGAGGGAGAGAGAGAGCAAGACCUUGACCAGGGAGAGGAGUCAUUCAAAUGAAAUUGGAAGCAUAUGAAAAGUGUGUUUUUCUGGCACCCAAAUGCACAUCGACUGGCCACAUCUUAUGACGGACCAUCAGAGUGAGACAGAGCGAGCGUGAGAGGGGAGGGAGACGGCAGAAAACCACAUGAAAGUCGCCUGAGACUACAUCUUUCAUUUUAGUACUGCAAUUCUCAAUCAUCAAAAUCAUCUUCGCACAAAAAGUUCAACCUGCUUUUUCUGUUGGUUUUUUUUUUUUGUUUUGUUUUGUUUUUUUCUUUCGGGCCCUAUUGUCAGGUUUUUAUCUGCGCCAUUUUGUUUUGAUAGAAAAAGGGAUUACACUGUAUCUCAAAUGCAAUUUUAUAGUUUUUUGUUUGUUGUUUAGAAAGGAAAUGAUGUCGAGGUCACAGCAGCUCUCCAUAAGCCGCGUAUUUCGAUAUAUUUGGACACGAUAAAAGGGAGAUGAUGAUGAUGAUGAUGGAGGGAGGGGGGGGAGGUUAAAGGAAGGCUGGAAGAGCUGCUGUCAGCUUGCUUACACAUGUUGAUGCAUGAGUGCAAAAAGGAAAAAAAAAAAAAAAGAUAAAAAAUCCAGAUUCCCUGUUGUAAAAAAAAAAAAGAAAUUGCACAGUGUGUUUCAUUCCAGGAAAACUCAGAGUUAGGCCGAGAAAAUAUAGAAAAAGAAACCCCCGAGCCAUAUACAGCUACGAAAUCUAUCACAUUCAAACGAUGAAACGGUGGGAAAACCCUGACAGAGAUCUUAAAAAUCACACAUGGACAUUCAGUCUUACAAUAUGUUUACAGUGUUGAAGUAUGCCAUUAAUGAAAUACUCUGUGUAAGUGUUUAAAAAUGAUAAUAAAGUAUUGUUUUUUCUCCAAUGUUCUUUCAAAUGUUUUUAUGAAUGCCAUAGCAGUUUUUUGUUUGUUUUGUUUUUGUUUGUUUUUUUUUUUUUUUGUAUGAUUAUCCUGGUGGAGGGAUUUUAUCUUCAUGAAUAAUGUUUCUGUAUGAUUACUUGUUCACUGUAUGGGAAGACAACUUUCUUUUUUGUUUGUUUUUGUUUGUUUUUUUGUUUGUUUUUGGAAUUGUAAUAUUGCAGAAUCAUGCCAGAUUAUUAUUUUUUUCUAACAAGAGUGGUGCCAUUAUCGACUUCUGGUCUCUUCAAUCUUUUUUAUUUUUCAGUUUUAUUUAAUGUGUUGUUUUUUGUUUUUUGUUGAAUGAGUUUCCUGUUGUUGGUUUGGUGAAGCUAAUCCUACGUGGAUGUAAAACAAAAGGAUGAGAAAAUAAAUAAAUGGAGAAUAAGGAGAUGAUCCUAAAGGAAGAGCCGUCGAACGCGAUGCUUUUGAAAAUGCUUUUCCAAAUCAACUUUAUGAGACUUUCACGAACAUCAUGUUUUUUGUUUUGUUUUUGUUUUUUUUUUCCUCAUGGUUGGUUGAAGGUCUUGUGAUGGCACUUACAGCUGUAGUUUAAAAGAAAAAAAAAACAUUUUCAUAUUUCACUUUUCACAACUUUCACUUACACUCUUUGUACAAAAUAGUUUCCUUGGUCUUUUGUUUUUUUGUUUGUUUGUUUUUUUUUUUCUGUUCGGGAGGGGAGGGGAGUGCAUCAUUGU